AUCUUUCUGUGCUCAGCUUUGCCUAAUUGACCGAGCUUCCAGCCUCAAAUUCGUCAAAAAGAUCCCGAGGGUCAUAACAUGGUCCUCAGGAUUGGAUACGUUCGCGAGCACUUCUCCUCGCCGUUGCUUCAGUACGAGGCUGCUGAUGGAGGCAAGACGUUCGUGCUGGUGGAAUGCCCUAGCGGCACCGGUCAGUUGAUCGGCAGGUUGGAGAAGGACGAGAUCGACGUCGCAAUUGCUCUGACGGAUCCUUUAAUCUCCGGGAUCGCAAAGGGAUCGACGGCAUACAAGCUUGUGGGCAGCUAUGUCAACACACCAUUGAAUUGGGCAGUCAUCACCGGCACAAAUUCCAAGUACCAGAGUAUCUCUCAUCUAGAGGGCACCACGAUUGGUAUUUCGCGCUUGGGCAGCGGGAGCCAGACGAUGGCAUAUGUGAUGGCCCUGCAGCAAGGUUGGGACACGGAAAAGAUGCAGUUCAAGAUUAACAACGACAUCCGCGGCCUGAUCGACUCGGUAAACGACGGCUCGACGAGCGCGUUCAUGUGGGAGUGGUUCACCACCAAGCCCUUCGUCGAUGCGGGCGAAUGCCGUUUCAUUGGAUCCGUCCCCACUCCCUGGCCGUCCUGGCUUAUUGCCGCGCACCCGUCGCGUGCGGGCUCUGCCGAGCUCCGCACAUUCCUCGAGACCCUGACGGGCUACGUCCGCGCCUUUGACUCGCCCGAGAAGCGUGCUGAGGACGACGUCGAGUUUAUCAAGAAGACGUGGGGGUAUCCGGAGAACGACGUGAAGGCAUGGCUACAGACUGUCGGCUACCCGGAGAACUGUGCUGCGAUCCCCCGCAGUGUGAUCACGGACACGAUCAGCUAUCUCGAGAAGGCGGGGGUGUUCAAGAGUCCCGAGGGCGGUUUUCAGGUCGAGUCGUUCGUCAACGAGGACGUCGUCCAGCUCACAUGACGGAGUGCAUCAAUCCUAGGAGUAUGAAAGCAUUGCUGAGGAAACUGUUUAACGUCAAUGGGAGCUGUACAUUAUAUUCGGAAAUUGGGGGGAGUAUACACUGGCGUAGAUAGGGUUGAAGAUUUUAGAGUCCAGAGCUCGAGCUGCAUGCUUCCUAUGUACUGAUGCGAGUGAGAGUUAUGAAGGGAAUAUAUGGUGCGAACAAAGAGAGGUAGAAAGACGACUAGAUCGAGUAGAUUAAGAGCGAAGAUGGAGUAAGCGGCAACUUCGGGAGGGCAGUAAAAGGCAAACUUAUGCGCAAAGAUUACACUGAAUCAAAGAGGUGCAGUCCGUUGUCGUGCGCAGAUGUCGAGAGAUCAAGGCUCAGAUUAGAAGGUAUUAGCGGGGAAAAUAUGCCUUCACAGUUCUUGCGUUCGCGUAGAUUCCGUAUCGCGCAGCCUAACCCCCGUCAGGUAUCAGCACCCGAGAGAUAGGCCCAAACCGGAGGAGAAGAGACUCACGCCAACCACAACCGGCCCCGCCCGCACUUGCUCCUCACCACCUCCCACUCGCGCUCGCCCCCGCGCCCGCACACCGUCUCCUCCAGCCCGAUCCGACCUUCGCGCGUCCCGGGCCCUUGCAGCACCCAUUCUCCACGCCAGCCCUCGCCGACCUCCGCGUCGCCCUCCCCGCCAAAAUCAACGCGGACGGUCGCUAGCCACAUAUACUGCUCGACGACCGCGUGCCCGCCCGGCGACGCCGCGCUCUUGACGGUCACGCUCAUGCGCGCGAGGCGGAAGUGGCCUUCGUCCGGGGCAUCCGAGGAAGGGGUUGAGGCUCCGAGGGGUAAAGGAACAGCAGCGGGGGGUACGGGUGCGGCCGGGAGGCGGGGAAGCGUGAAUCGAUAUACGGGAUUGCCCAUCAGCGGCGCGAUGUGCGCGUAGUAGAGCGGCGAGGGAAGCAGCAGGGGGUCGGUCACGGGUGGUGGCGCGGGCGGAACGUAGGGAACGAGGCCUCGCCCGUCGUACACGAGCCACGUCCGGCCCGUGCCCGCCGAGAACGCGGACGUAUCCGACUCGGAGGAGGCGGACAUGUCGUCGGCAGGCGGGAUGUAGCCAAGGUUGCAGACGACGUCGCCGGCAGAGAGGUGCGCCCAGAGGCCGGCGUCGGCGAGCUGCGCUUCGCAUGCGCCGAUGGAGGUGGGUGUGAGAGCCGAACACGGGUGGUAUACGCGCAAUACGGGUGCGCGCAGCCGCGAGGUCGCGGUGAGGAUAUCGUGCGCGGCGGAGGAGCCGGAGGUGAGGGAGGAGGAGGGCGACGCGGUCUGCACGGGGCGCGGGCGCGGGCGCUGAGGGCUGUGAGCUCGCUGGGGAGGGUGUACGUUCCGCAGAGAAGAUUGCGAGUGCGCGGGGGAGGGGGAGGCGACAGGCGAGGAGGCACCUGAACCGCUCGAAGAGCCGUGCGUAUAGGAGAAUUCGUCGAUGGACGGCCGCGGUUGGUGCCCGUGGGAGGCGGAGGUGCGGUGUCGCCCGUGCCGCCGGGGAGGUGUGAGCGGGAGGUCAUCGUCGGGCGGUAUCCACCAUGACUUGCGCCAGGUACCGUUGUAUUGCUUGAGCGCGUGCGGCUCUGCGAGCGGUUCUGGCAGAGGCGUCGAGCGCGACUUGCGGCCAAAAAGCGAGCGGCCGCCGACGCUCGCCGCGCGCCGGGACGCCUUCGAGGUUGCGGCCGAGACUUUGGAGGAGAGAACGGUGAGGUCGGUGAGGGAGGAAAUGCCAGCUGCUCCCGGCCCAGGAGGCUGGUGCGAGAGACGCCGUGGAUGUCGCGGCCGCCGGAGCGCAUCGAAUGCGGCCGCCGAGUCCGGGCGAGCACUAUUUUGCGUAUAGUACAGGGGUGCAGGGAAGUCGAGGUGCCGUAAAGACGGUUCUGAGGGAAAGGAGGACGCGCGGGGGAGGUCCGGCUCUGAUUCAGGGGAAGGACGGGAGGAGGAGUACAGCAGCGCUUGUAGGAGGAGUACGAAGCGCGAAUGCGCGAGAGCGAGGAGGGCAUAGCGUUCCGAUGUCCGUUCGAGAUCGAGAGUGGGUAGCAGAGCGGAGAGCAGGGUAAGGGCGUGUGCUGGGUAGCGGUGCAACGGUACUCGUUGCGAGAUCAUGAAUCGCUCGAGAUCGUUCAUCGUGACGGGGACGUCGCGUAACCGGCGCAGAUCGCUUUGCCCGAGGCAGAAGCGAUAUCCUGGCACAUAGCGCGACAGAACGACAUGCCUGAGCGCCGCGUUGCUGAAGAACAGCCGCCGGAACUCCUUCGAGAGCAAAGCCAACGAGCGGAAGUCAGCCCAGGAGAGGUGGUGCAGCAGCCGCGCGAGCGCGCCGGGUUCUUUGGCCACGCUAAUGAACGGCACGCGGAGCGAGAAGGCGAAGCCCGAGAGCACCCGGGAGCGCCGGGCGGCGGUGUCGGGCUGGGGCUGGCUCGGGAUCGCGGGCAUCGGUGGGCGGGGACGCGCGGGCGCCUUGCGCGGGAGGGGCGGGAGGGGCUUCGGGUCAUCAGGAGGAGCUGCGAGCCGGUCGGCGAUGGAAAAAUCGCUCGAGGACGAGGCCGUGAGCGACGGCGUGCUCGCUCCGUCCGAGCCGGUGCGCAGCAUGGGGCUCGCCAUCGUCCGUGCCCUUAGCUCGUCGUUCUGGGGGCCGUGUCCGU